ACCAGGCAGUCGGAAGCAGAACAGAACGGCUCAACACGUCAAGUGAAAAUUGCGGUACUGCCCGCGUUAGAAGUGCGAUUCUGCUAGGAUAAGGAAAAACGGGAAGCAUCUCAUCGCAGCAUCGCAGUUUUCUUCCGUUCGCGUGAUUUGUAUGCGUGCCGAUAUCAGCUAGUUUUUGGUUGAUUUCUUUUCGUUUGCCUACAAACAGCGGCAGUGUCCAAACCAGCAGCAGUGCAUCGCAUCGCCGUGUUGUCACGAUUCUUUAUAUUUUUUUUAUUCGUGUACAUAUAACCCUCAUGCCCUGCCCGCAUUGGCGGUCCGGAAGAGGAAGUGUGGUAAAAUUAGGCGAUAGCAGGUGUGUGCUCAAAUCCGAGCUACCUUUCACAGCUGUUUCACGCAGCUCGUUGGCGCCGUCUGCCGCCGUCUUAAAUACAGCUCCUCGUAGUAAAGUGUCCGUACGCCAGCAGCAGCGCCAGUAGCAGCCGGUUUUUUGGUUUGGAGUCUCCGGUUUGUUGAGUCUGAUCAGACAUCGCCAGCGCGCAUCAUUCCUUUUCCCCUGCCUGCCGUGAUCUGCGAUACCACUUUUCCAAAGCGCUACUAGAUACACAACAAGAUACAAUAAUGGCCAGUGUAAAGAUAGUUAUAUUCCAGUAUGUAAUGGUUGUGUACAUGUUCUAUAACCCCACGAAUAGCGGAGCGGUCAAAUUGACCAGCGAAAACAUCGACAUGACCCUCGCCUCCAACGAACUAGUGCUGAUAAACUUCUACGCCGACUGGUGCCGGUUUAGCAACAUUCUGCAACCCAUCUUCGAUGAGGCGGCCGAAAAGGUCCAAACAGCGUUUCCGGAGGCGGGCAAGGUGGUGAUGGGUAAGGUCGAUUGCGACCGAGAGUCGGCCGUGGCGGCCCGUUUUCACAUCACCAAGUAUCCGACGCUGAAGGUCCUGCGUAACGGACAGCCGACCAAGCGCGAGUAUCGAGGUGCGCGCACGGUCGAGGCGUUUACCGAGUUCAUCCGGAAGCAGCUGGAGGACCCGAUCAAGGAGUUCCAAAACAUGAAGGACCUGGAGCAGCUGGACUCAAAGAAGCGGAUCGUGGUCGGAUAUUUCGAUCGGCGCGACAUGCCCGAGUACAACACCUUCCGGCGGGUCGCGACAAACCUGAAGGAGGACUGCCAGUUCCACGUGGGAUUCGGUGACGUCGUGCAGGCCCUCCACCCGCCAGGUCAUCCGAUCAUCGUAUUCCGACCGGACGUGGCGGUGUCGAAUGAAAACGAUGAAACGUACCUGGGCGAUCUGCGCAACUUUGACGAGCUGAACAUUUGGGUGCAGGAAAAGUGCGUCCCGCUCGUGCGCGAAAUCACGUUCGAGAACGCAGAAGAGCUGACCGAGGAAGGCCUGCCGUUCCUCAUCCUCUUCUACUCGCCGGACGAUCUCGACUCGAUCAAAGACUUUAAGGCAAUCGUGCAAAUGGAUCUGAUCUCGGAGAAACAAAACGUCAACUUCCUAACGGCCGAUGGUAAACGGUUCGCACACCCGCUCCAUCAUCUCGGAAAAACUCAAUCCGACCUGCCGCUGAUCGCGAUCGAUUCGUUCCGCCACAUGUACUUAUUCCCCAACUACAAGGACAUCUUCGUGCCGGGCAAGCUGAAACAAUUCCUGAACGACCUCUACAGUGGCAAGCUGCAUCGCGAGUUCCACUACGGUCCGGAGAAGGAAACCACCGUCGAGGCCAUAACCAACGAUGACAGCAAAAAACCGACCACGCCUCCGGAAUCGACGUUUAAGAAGCUGGGCCCGUCAAAGAACCGCUACACGUUGCUGAAGGACGAGCUGUAGACGGUUUGUUGAGGAGGGCAGAUAUUGAGUUGGUCUACGCGUCCGUACGACCCAGCGACGGCAGUGCGUAACGGAGCUUCACUCACGUCUGACUGCGGGCGAGCUAGGGAAAGAUGAAAAACGAUAUUGAGGCGUUAAGGAAGCAUACGAAUGAAGGCAGGAAAUAUAAUGAUCCCGUUGAAUUAAGGAAUAAAACAGUGUAAAGGUUACAAAGGAAGCCAAAACGGAGGUGCAGAACACACCCACUUGACCACUGUGUGCGGGUACAUUCUUCAGAACGAGGGUGAAAUAGAGAGUGAUAUGUGACGAUCGAUUUUCGAUUUUGUUUAAUGUUUGCUUCGUGUUUGUUUCACUUUCCUCGUUUUUUUGAGUUUCGCCGUGCUGUAGACAGGCAACAAAUCGGCCCGAAUUCCGGAGGUUGUUGCUUAAUUUAGGCUGUAGAAUGUCAACAUAGUCAAUCGAGAACGUACAUGCUCCACGCGUACGUUGUAGGUGGAUAAUUUUAAUACAGUUUGUUUUACUAUUUUGUGUGAAGGUUGGACAUUGUGGCAAGAUUCUGUCCAUGAAAUGAGCAGGGAAAGCCUUUCCGGUUCGAUGUAAAAGUACGAAAGGUUGUUUGAUGGAGUAUAAAUUAUUAUAAUUAUUUUUUUAUUAAUCAUAGUUCCCUCACCUUUCGUCUGGGUGAAUCUAUGCACAGGCCUGUUUUAUAUUUUGUUAAUUGUUCUUAUCCAUUUCCAAUAAGCUAAAUUUAAUGCUAGACAAAAUAUUACCAUCUGCGCCGACUGUACCGGUUUCACAUCUCAAUUCUUCUUGUCUCUAUUACGAUAUAAGCUAUACACAGCAACACGAGCUUGCUACGUGCUAUUUCGUUUCGUUAGUCACACUUAACUGUUUAGCCGCUUUACGCCACGAAAGCGGAAAGGUUUAUCAGGCGUGCGAAGCGGAAAAUAGGAAGUAAUCGGCACACGUGGCUCAAGGAACUGAAUUUCUGCUUGAGGUACUGCCCUUCUCGCCGUUAAUUUUUUUUCCCAGGUUUGCCGCUUCAGUUUUGUGAGGUCUACAAUUAUAAAUCCUUUAAAAUAGGCUGCUAGCGCUUCCGAUGAAAGUGUAAUUCUACAAAAAAAAACCAGUUUACAUACAUUCUAUUGCAAGAUCCACUAUC